AUUGGCAUAAAAUAAUCUCGCCAGUACCUUUCACCUCCAAUUUGCAGUCUCGUAACAAGCAGAAGGACCUUUUCUUCCCUACAACCAUGACAGCCAAUCACAUCGUUGCAAUGAGAGGCAAAUUCAAGCGAGCCUCGACUCCCAAGGUGAGAACGGGAUGUAUCACCUGGUACGUUGAUAGCUUACCGCUUCGUUUCUCGUAAAAUAUCACUAAUUGGGAAGUACUGUAGCAAAAUCAGGCACUUGAAAUGCGAUGAAGCAAAACCUUUUUGUCGACGCUGCCAUAACGACAAGAUGAAGUGUGACGGAUACGCACCACCUAAGCCCAAGACUUCAAAGCGCUCCAAGCGUCGAGAUCCUUCCUCGAAACCUGAAGUCGCCAUCUCACUGCCGCUGCUAUCUAUGCAGACCGUUGACCAACUCUAUUUGUUAUCAGACCCUGAAAAAUUCUACCUGCAACAUUUCCUGCACUGGACAGCAAAACAGCUUUCACCUUCUUCUGCUGCCAUGAACUUCUGGCUCAAAUACGCCCUCCCAAUGUCAUAUCACUACGAUGCCAUCAGGUAUAGCAUGAUUGCGGUCGGGGCAUCUCAUCGAGCCUACAUGGCUCAAAGCCUGCCGUACUCCCGUCCUGAUCGCCUGCAGCGUCCUGUCAUCCAACACUACAACAGAGCCAUAUCCUCGAUUCUUCCCAUAAUGUCUGCUCCUUCAAAUGAGAAUAUUCAUUGCAUAUUGAUCUGCUGUCUGCUCUUCAUGACUUGUGAGGGACUGACUGGUCGGUACGAUGAACUCUUGCAACAUCUCGCUGCUGGCGAUACGGUAUUCCAGUCACUACGUCACCAAAACUCCUCAGAUGCCUCGGAUGUGCUAGAGGGACUUGUCGACAUGUUUAGCGAGAUGGGCCUUGCAUCUUCGGGCUUCAUGGGAGACCAUCCUCUCUCAGGCAUCAAAAAGUGGUGUCGCAGUGACCCUGAGACCGAAGCAAGCGAUGAUUCACCUUUUAAGACGCUGAACAAGGCAUCAUAUGCCUUACACGAACUACGACUAAAUCAUGACUUCCAGCCAUGGAAUCCGGAUAGGGAAGACGGGUUGGCCAACGACAAUGCAUUUGAGGAUAGGCUCCGCCGUUGGAAUUCCCGUUUCGAAGUUCUGAGCCAACGAUUGUUAUCAAGCCCAUCAGAUGAUGAGAUAGCGCAUAUCCAAACUCUGCAGCUCCACUAUCAAUCUCUGCAGAUGUAUAUCAACGCGUACGAUAACAAAGGACUGCAACCUUCACACCCAUACAAAGCAUUCAUUGAGGCCGCAGAGAAGGUAGCCGCCCCUCUAAUAGCGAUAGAUCAACCUACGUUCUCACUAGACGGAUGUCUGGUCUCGGGUCUAUCAUUUGUUGCUAUAUCAACUGAAGGUGGGGAUGAGAAGGUGCAAGCACUUGACCUCCUUCGGAAGUUGAACCACCGUGAAGGCAUUUUCGACAGCAAUGACAUCGUUGAGAUGCAUGAACUGGUAGCCAUGGAUAUGGAUUGGGGAUCUGGCUCUGACUCUGAUUCGGAUACUGAUAUAGAGGAACCUGAUCCACCUCUUAGAGCACCGAAAGGAAUACCGCAGAUGAUUGAGGUGCUUGCUCGCAAGACUGGGAAGACAAGCAAACGGCUGGAAGGCUUGUACCCAUAAGUAGAUCCAAGGCUCGGUUUGAGCUACACAUUUAGCACAUCUCCUUAGUCAUUCGUCAAUUCAUAAUCUCUUUCCAUGGCAUAUUAGAAUUGAUGAAGAAGAAGAGUGAUAGAACUCAUUGAUGCAAGGUCCUUGUCCUGUCAUAGGUUUAGAUGGAAUAGAGUAAUACCUCCGUUUCAUAUCCAAGUCUUAGUGUUGCGUUGCCUGACGAAAGCAACUAUUCAUUCAAAAUCUCCAACAAUGAGCUAGGAAAACUAUAACUCAGGGCUUUCGAUUUGAUUUACAGCGCCAGGGACUAUGGGAAUGCGUGACACUGA